GCGGCGGCACCGGUGGGAGUGGGGCGCGGGCAUCAGAGUGCGGCCGGCGGGCGGACGGGCGACGGAGGUCUUGCACCUGGGGCGGCGGAGGGCGCAGGCAUUGUCGGUUGGGUGCGAGUCCGCUGAGCCGAAAGUGCGGCUUCUCUAGCAUCUCCUGUCGGUUGGAGCCCUGCAGCCGGGACCGCUCAGCCGGCGUCACCAUGACCAAGGCCGGUAGCAAGGGCGGGAAUCUCCGCGACAAGCUGGACGGCAACGAGCUGGACCUGAGCCUCAGCGACCUGAAUGAGGUCCCGGUCAAGGAGCUGGCUGCCCUUCCAAAGGCCACCAUACUGGAUCUUUCCUGCAAUAAACUGACUUCUCUACCGUCGGAUUUCUGUGGCCUCACGCACUUGGUGAAGUUGGACCUGAGUAAGAACAAACUGCAGCAACUGCCGGCCGACUUUGGCCGUCUGGUCAACCUCCAGCACCUGGAUCUCCUUAACAACAGGCUGGUCACCCUGCCUGUCAGCUUUGCUCAGCUCAAGAGCCUGAAGUGGCUGGACCUGAAGGAUAACCCCCUGGAUCCUGUCCUGGCCAAAGUGGCAGGGGAUUGCCUGGACGAGAAGCAGUGUAAGCAGUGUGCCAACAAGGUGUUACAGCACAUGAAGGUCGUGCAGGCGGAUCAGGAGCGAGAGAGGCAGCGACGGCAGGAAGUAGAACGAGAGGCCGAGAAGAAGCGGGAGGCCAAGCAGCGAGCCAAGGAGGCUCAGGAACGGGAAGUGCGGAAGCGGGAGAAGGCGGAAGAGAAGGAGCGCCGGAGAAAGGAGUACGAUGCCCUCAAAGCGUCCAAACGGGAGCCGGAGAAGAAACCCAAGAAGGAAGGAAAUCAGGCAUCGAAAUCCAAGUCUGGCUCUCGGUCCCGUAAGCAGCCACCCCGGAAACACAACCGGUCCUGGGCUGUGCUGAAGCUGCUGCUGCUGCUGCUAUUGUGCGUGGCUGGCGGGCUGGUGGUUUGCCGGGUGACAGAGCUGCAGCAGCAGCCCGUCUGCACCAGUGUGAACACCAUCUACGACAAUGCGCUCCGGGGUCUGCGCAGCCACCACAUCCUCCAGUGGGUCCUGCAGACCAAUUCUCAGCAGUGAGCUUGUCCUCAACACCUGCUGCCUCCCAGCCUUGGAACUUGGAUUCCUAUGGAAUUGGGUUCUGCUGGACACAACCUCUUUUUAGCGUCAGACCUACCUGCCGUCAUUAAAUGGCUGCUGAUUGGUACUUGA